AUGACGACGCGCGUCACGAUCGGCGUCAAGCACGGCAAGGAGACGCACGACGUCGACGUCGACCUCGACGAGAGCGGCGCGACGUUCAAGGCGCGGCUGUGCUCGCUGACGAAGGUGCCGAUCGAGCGCAUCAAGGUGACGGGACUGAAAGGCGGACGACCGCUCGCGGACGACGCGGACAUGCGAACGCAGGGCGUCGAGGCGCUGGCGCGACGAGGGAAGAAACUGCUGAUGCUCGGGAGCGCGGCGACGCUGGCGAAGCCGGCGGAGGAGGUGGCGUUUUUGGAGGAUUUGCCGGAGGGGGAGCGGGACGCGGCGAACGCGGGGGAAGGAUAUCGACCGGGGCUGACGAAUUUGGGGAACACGUGCUACGCGAACAGCGUGGUGCAGUGCCUGUACGCGGUGGAGGGGCUGAGGGACAGCCUGGGGGGGUACGCGGGAGGGAGGGACGCGCGCGGCGGGACGGCGGCGCUGACCACGGCGCUGAGAGAUUUGUUCGGCGACGUGAAGACGGCCAAGGAUACGGUGAUGCCGGUGCGGUUUUUGAACGUGCUGAGGCAGUUGUAUCCGCAGUUUGCGCAGCACGGACCGCAGGGGGUGCCGAUGCAGCAGGACGCGGAGGAGUGCUGGUCGGCGGUGAUGCACACGCUGGCGACGGAGCAGCCGGAGGAGACGCGACGGUUGUUCGGAAUCGGGAUGCGGCGCGAGUUGAGGUGCGCGGCGACGAACGAGACGCGCGUGGAGGAUUCGGUGGAGUACACGUUCAAGUGUAACAUCACGAUCGAGGUGAACCACGUGACGGAAGGGUUUAAGAUUGCGCUGAACGACACGCGCGAGCUGCGCUCCGAAGUCCUCGGCGCCGACGCCGUGUUCGAAGGGCAGUCGAAGAUAUCCAAGCUCCCGGAUUACCUCACGACGCAGCUCGUGCGGUUUUAUUACAAGGCGGACAUUCGCGCCAAGGCGAAAAUUUUGCGCGCGGUGACGUUCCCGAUCACCUUGGACGUGUACGAAUUUUGCACCGACGAGCUCAAGGCGGAGCUCGAGCCGGCGAGAAAAUUAAAAUUGAAGCGCGAGGACGACGAAGCUCUGAAGCGCGUGAACGAAAAGAAGGCUGCUUUAGAAGACCCGGCGUCGAUGGAAGUCGUCGACCCUCUCGAGGGCACUCGAUUCACCGGCUUCUUCGACCUCGUCUCGGUGUUGACGCACAAAGGUCGCAGCGCUGACAGCGGUCACUACGUGUCGUGGGUGAAGAAGGACGACGGCUCGUGGACGGAAUUCGACGACGAAACGCCCAUUCCGAGAACAGAGGAAGACGUGUUGGCGCUCAAGGGCGGAGGCGAUCACCACAUGUCCUACAUCUUGUGUUACAAGGCUCGCAAGAUUUAA